UCGGCCUCCCUCCCUGCCGUCCUGCGCAACAUGGCGGCGCCCGAGGCGGCGUGGAACCGGCUGGACGUGCCGUGGCCUGCGAGCAGCGCGACGGUGGCCCUGGCGGAUGGGCACCCUGCAGUGAUGUGUCUGCCGGCGCUGAGGCGGCAGUGCGGCGUGGCCGGCAAGCGGCUGUCGGGGACGGGCCUGGCCGCCGAGGGACGCGUCCUACGGGCCGUGCUCUACGUUUACCACAGCCGGCUGCUUCGGCACCGGCCCUACCUGGCCCUGAAGCAGGUAGAACAAUGCACGAAGCGCCUAUGGAAAAUGAACUUGGUGGGCUGCAUUGAAACUCUUGCAGGACUGAUUCCCACGAAAAAGACAUCCCAAGCCCAUGCAGAGUGCUUAGUUCCCAGUCAGCCUGUGCUGGAAACAGUGGCUCUGAAGGUGUUGGGAGGUUGCAAGCUCAUACUUCGGCUACUGGACUGUUGUUGUAAAGCUUUUCUAUUGUCUGUUAAACAUCUCUGCUCAGAAGAAUUCAUACUUUUGAACACAGUGGCUUCGGGGUUGCUGAGCCGGCUAUGGAUUCAGUACAGGUGUGUAUUGCAGAGCCUCAUUUCCUUGUAUGGCCCAUUGUCAACAUCACUUCAUCUGGUAUCUGAGACCCAACAGAUGCCUUAUAUCAAGGAGUUUACCUUCCCUUCUGAUAUCAGUAACUUCCUUGGAGUUGAUGUUUCUGCUGAGGUGAAGAAGCAAAAGGCUAGAAUGCUUACAACAAAAAAACGCACUGGCUGGCUGAAGAACUUCCCCACAUUGCCAGAGGCAGUGUCAGAGAUGGGGAAAAAAAGAAGUGUUGCAGCCUGCAGGAAUGCUGUGAAAAACUUUAACAUUCCAUGCCCUGCGGAUAUCGGAGAGCCAGUUCUGGUGACCAGAGCCAGCAGAGGGAAGUGCCUGGGAUUUGAUGUUAAGAGCUUACUUCGACCAUCCAAACCUCUAACACAGCAGGGUAUAGGUAUGACAUCAACACCUCUUAAAGUGAAGUCAGCAUCAGUUUCCUCUCGUAUAGCAAGCAUGCAGGAUGCUGGGUCUCUUGUACAGAUGGUCCAAACAGCUACGUCAUUUGGGGAACUGUCAGAGGCACUCAGGAAAGUCAUUGUGUGGUGCAAAGGCAACAAAUUCAAAUCAGCAGCUUAUUUUCUGCGUAACAAGCUGCUGAAAAGCAACCGGCUGCACCACGUGGAGGCUCAAGGUUGCAGCUUGAAGAAAAAGCUGUGCUGUGUCAAAACAUCCGUCCGCAAAUACCUCCUAUAUGGGUCACGAAACACACGCUGGCUGAAGCGGUACCGUGGGGCACGGUUCUGCCGAAGGAGGAUCAGAUCAUCCUCACGAGUGAAGAGAACUGUGAAGACUCUUCAGCAAAAACCUUCUGAGUUUUAUGAGGUUUGUGAGAACAGCACAUCACUUGUCCUCUCACCUUACCAGGAUGGUCCCCCAAGUUGGGGAGGACGCUCCAAUGCUGUUACAGCCUCUGUUGAACUGAGCACAGUGAGGACCCCUAAGCAGCCACUGCUGGAAAGAAGCCCUGUCCCCGUGUUGAAGGAAGCUACUGAGAACAUGGAUAUUGAUUCUAUUUUUGCAGCAAUGGGUGUCUGACCCUGGACUCGAAAGGAGGAAAGUCGUUGCAAUUAUUUUUUCUUAAGUAAAACCUUCAAAACCCUAGUAGUGUCUUGGUAACUCAGACUCUGCAUUCUGCUAUGAAAGUAGAAUUAUUUUACUGUAUUUUUAUAAAACAGGUUUUUUUUAUUUAAAGGUUUUCCAAACAGAUGAACAGUCUUCAUCCUCUUAUCUAGCCUUGCCCAGUGACAAUGACUUUGAGUUACCCUUACUCCAUGUUCCUUCUGUACUGCUGGACCACAUGUUAAGUGCUACAUCUACAGUGUAAAUAGUUACCAUCCACAGCUGAAGGCUGCAGCUGAUCACUUAGAAUCACUUAACUGCUGCUUAGGACUAAAAACAAGAUGCCACUUUUCCAAGCCAGUAGCCUUGCACACUUCCUUUUGUGCUGCUUGUACAGGGCACAGCCUUGAUGUGCAGUGUUGCUGCUGUUCAGCAUUUGUAAUCCUUGUUUUGAGAUAGUGAGUUAACUGAAUCUCUUGCCUCUGAGCUGCUCCAGAAAUAGGGGAAAGCACAGCUGUAGCCUGCAACAGUAAAUUGCUGACUGGCGAACACAUUUGUCACUGUCCUGAAUCCUUUUAAUGUAAGUGCAAUUUCUCCCUGCUUGGCAAUGUAAGAUACAGCUAAACCAAGGUCUAUUAAUGAAAUAAUGUUAGAACAAGCAGUGUGGUUAGUGAUUUCUGCCAGGCUUCUGUCCAAGAUCAGGAUCACUAGGAAAUACUAAGAAAUUGCUUCAGAAUGAAAAACAGAAAUCUGCUUUAUUGUAGAGC